AUGAUACUUUCUGUUUUGUCGAGCCUUGCUUUGGUCUCUGGUUUGAUGGUUGCACGUGCUAAAAAUCCGGUACAUUCCAUUUUCUUUCCCAUCCCAGUCUUUCGCGACACUUCGGGUUCGAGCCCUACUAAGCCUACCACCCCCUUCUCUUCACCCGAUACAAGAAGGCAGUCGAAGUCCCCUCCACUCUUAAACAGGCCGUGGCAUAUUGACAAAUGUCAUUAUUGUUACGCUGACCACCAGGCCGUGAGGCUUUCCCAGGCGAUAUUUUCUAUUUACACUCCCGUGGAGAAUAUUUAUACGUUGAUGCGGGCCUACCACCAAAUCCCUGCACCUCCCGGACUAUCAAGCAACAAGGAAGAAACCCUGAUAGAUGAAAGUAUAUACUACCGCUACAGACAACAAGCAAGAGCUUUCAAUUCGAUCAGAGAGUUCUAUCUGAGAGGACAGCAGAAGGGUGAGAUUCUUUCUUCAGCGGCGGAUGGAGAGGCAAUUCUAACGCAACUGUUAAUGGCCGAGCCUCAUCUUCUUCUUGCUGCCUUACUUGCGAUACUUUAUACUUUCUACAACAAGGAAGAAAGUGAGUGA